CCGAUACCAAAGCGCUUGGAUGUGCAUCUCUCGCGGUUGGUGAGAAGUCAGUUUCUUACAUAAGGCGCAAAACAUAAAAAUGGCUGACCACGACUCCUCGUCUGACAUAGGAAAUUGUGGAAUUUGCGUCCAGCCGUAUGACGUAACAGACAGGAUCCCUAAGCUUCUGGCCUGCCAUCAUACCUUGUGCCUCUUCUGUGCAUACAAACUAGCCAGUGGUGGUACCAUAAAGUGCCCCAUUUGUCGGCGUGUCACCAAGCUUCAGCCAAGUGGGGUUCCUGGGCUUCAAACCAACUUUUACCUACAGCACAUGCCCAGUAGACGGUGUGACGUCAUCAAGAGACCGACUGGCAAAUGCUCACUUCAUGGCAAAGUGAUGAACUUUUACUGUGACAGCCACACCAAGGCAGUAUGCUGCCAGUGCUUGCUGCUUUCACACAACAAGGAGCAUUGUGAGGUCAAAGAACUCGUAGACGUAAAGGUUGCCAUGCAACAACAGCUGACCAAUCAGAUCGCUGAAGUUGAAACCGAGAUCAGUGAUUUCAAGCAGCAGCUCGAAAAGAUUGGAAUAUCCAGAGGGAUAUUAGCGGCUAGCAAAGAGGUAACGAAGGCUAAGGUUGAUGAGAUUCACAAUGGUUACAUGCAGCAGCUCAGUCUUUGGAGUGAAAAAGAAAAGGCCCGUAUCGAUGUUCAGUAUAAGGAGGUGGAGAUAAAGCUUAACAAAGCAGAGAGAGAGGUGAAGGCAGAUCUCGACCGUGCCACCGGCCAAAAAAAGAAAUAUUGCACUGCAAUUGAUAAUUUGGAUGCCGAAAAAAUCGAUGAAUUUGUGGCGGACAGCCAAAAGAAUGGGAAACCCGCAAUCAUCAAAAAUGCCGGCCAAAAUGAUACUAACAACAUUCAUCAAAUUCCUGAAAAUGUACAGAUUCAAUACAUCCCGCCGGACAACUUCAGCAGUUAUGGCGACAUCUUGAUGACGCCAUUUUCUGAACCGACAGUCAGAGAUGCGGAUUACCCGGAUGUGAUAGUAGAAGGCGCAACGGCGAACGUGACUUUUCAAAUCUCGCCAGAAAACCACGUUGUUCGAGAUGACUGUCAGGUCUCUGUUAGCAUCAGUGGUCCAAAUCUCGGCUUUGUCGUGUGCCAAGGAAAAACGUGCAUUGAUUCAAAAGGGAGACACGUGACUCCUUUUCACGUGACUAGCUCUCAUGAUGCUUGGCAGGUGGUCAACGGUUCACACAAUGUCGGUUUCAAGACCACUAUUAGCUGGCGUGAACGACUGCUGCACGAAGAGGAUUUCACUGCCGAAGUUGUAAUGUAUGGCUACGAAUCAUGGUACGAGAAUUAAAUAAUGUGAUGAAUUUCUAAGGCAUCC